CCCCCAUGGUUCCGCCAACGUCUCGUCGUGUUUAAUCUUAUUAGAGGGACGUGGUUUAUCGCGGUUCUUCUGUCUGCUUGGAGGUGACGGACGCAUGUGACCGUGGAAUUCCGUUCCUCGUGCGCGAUUAGGUUGGGACGUCGUGAUCUUCAUGCGGCCGCCGUACAAACCCGUGAUCUUAAUUGAUGGAUCCAUUGGAAAUGCAGCACGACUCGAAGAAAUCCAAUAAGCCCAAAUAUUCUAAGUUCACGCAGCAGGAGCUUCCAGCAUGCAAACCACUGCUAACUCCAGCAAUUGUCAUUUCUACCUUCUUACUGGUUGGCAUCCUAUUUGUCCCAAUUGGUCUCGCAUCGCUUUCUGCAUCACAAGAGAUUGUGGAGCUGGUACAUAGAUAUGAUACAAGUUGUGUGCCCUCGGCUGAUAAAGUUGGGUUCAUUCAGGACACUAAAACGGACAAAUCAUGCACUAGAACUCUAACUGUACCUAAGCAUAUGAAGAGCCCAAUUCAAAUAUAUUACCAGAUCGGUGACUUCUAUCAAAACCAUCGACGGUACGUGAAAAGUCGUAGUGAUAAACAAUUGCUGUAUAAAGAUGCUGCACACUUGACAAAAGAUUGUGAGCCUGAAGUUUAUGGUGCUGAUGGUGCUCCAAUCGUUCCAUGUGGCCUCAUUGCUUGGAGUUUGUUCAAUGAUACAUAUACAAUUUCGGUCAACAAGAAAGCUAUUGAAGUGAAUAAAAAGGAUAUAGCUUGGCAGAGUGACAAGAACAAAAAAUUUGGCAGUGAUGUUUAUCCCAGAAACUUUCAGAACGGAAAUCUUAUAGGUGGUGCUAAGCUAAAUGAGAGCAUACCGUUAAGUGAGCAAGAAGAUCUCAUUGUUUGGAUGAGAACUGCUGCCCUCCCAACUUUCAGAAAGCUCUAUGGAAGAAUUGAGACAGAUAUUAUGGAAAAUGAUCAACUCACAGUGGUUAUACAGAACAACUAUAACACAUACAGUUUUGGAGGGUCAAAAGCACUGGUCCUUUCAACUACAUCUUGGAUUGGAGGCAAAAAUAAUUUUAUUGGUGUCGCAUAUCUGAGUGUUGGUGGUUUUUGCCUUUUCCUUGCACUGCUUUUUUUAGUUCUCUACAUGAUUAAGCCCAGGACUCUUGGUGACCCCUCAUUCUUGUCAUGGAAUAGGUGUACCCUGGACUAUCCAAACUAAUACGUCGGAACCUUCUCUUUAUAGAAAUAGAAGAGCAAUCUAAUGGGCAGGAUUAUAGGCUCCAUGGGUGUGGAUAUGCUCCUAGCGCACAUUUCAGGGCCAAUCUCUGUGACCCCUUCUUCCUGUGUAAUUAUAGUUCCACUGAUCAACAACCUUGUUCUAGAGACGUCAUGAAUUAAUUAAGUGAAAGGAAAAGGUAGCGUAAAGAUAACACAGCUCAUGCCUUUGCAAGAUUCCUGAAGUAAAUUGUUGUGUAGUUCCCUGUUGGGAAGAAAACUUCUAUGAGGUCUCCAAGAACCAACUGAGGCUGUGAGAUAGCUCCGUCGUACCAAUCUUAAAGGGGGAAAAAAGUAAAUGUCUAUGACCCCAUUUCUUUGAGAUGGAAAAAUCCAUUAGAUCAUUACAUAGGUAAAAGGUAUGAUACUGGAUUUUUAGCAGUAGGAUUGCUUCUAUUACCAAGUGUCCCAGAAGCUCCUAUCCUUUUGUCUAAUCUCCAUAUGCUGCGGUUUGAUACAAAACUAUAGCAGGAGUCUUGGCUAACAUUAAUGUUCUCCAAAAAAGUUGCUAGUUUGUACUCUGCAGGCUCCAAAGCAUAUGUCUGAUCAAUGACCACGUCCACUGUCUGGAAUAUUCGUGAACCAAGCUUAGUUAACUCUGUUACUGAGUGCGGAGUCACUGAAAAAUGUGUCAAGUAAUAGAGCAUUUGAUGUUUUGCAGGAAAUUUUUAUUUGAUGCAACCAGUCAAGUUAUAAAUGUUAAUUGUGUCAGGAUUAAUCCCUUUUCUGACCAAAAGAAAAUGUGUCUUUUGUACACAACAUGCAACAGUGAGCUCGUCAACUAUUAGCAUUACAGGGUUGUAAUAUUAGAUUCUGAAUGGUUGAUACUCACACAAAGAAUAGCAUGGAAGUUGUCCAUAUCCUCUGGGUCUGAACUAUUAAAUCUCUUAUUUGUAAUAGUUGCAUCAACAGUUUCUGCUCCUGCAUCUGUGACAUACUGUUCAUGAAUCCAAACAUGAACAUCAGUGGUCCACUUGUUUUUUGUUUAUUUGAGUACUACUCUUUAAGGACCUUACCUGUAAGGUGUAACUUUCUUUAACAAAUGUCCACAUUCCCUACAACAGUAGAUGGAGAACGCUUUAAAAAGUUGCUUUGGAUGAGAAAGUUACAAUUUUACUGGUUUGCAGUUGCAUACCUGUGUGAAUUCAAUCCACGCUACUAUAGGCUUGAACCUUGUGCUAAGGUUUGCAGCUGCUUUGCUUAAGCACAGGUAGUUUGUCUUUAUCUGCAAUGACGUACUAGAGAAAUGAGACAAAUAGUUUGCUAAGUGUGGUUUUAUGGCACUGUCCAAUGCCAUACUUUAUUACUUAUUCAUAUAUCAAUUCAAAUAAAGAUACAUUUAGUGGUCUUAACUGCAUCAUAGACAGUAUUAGCCCUGCCUUCAGAGUUUGUGAAAGUUCCCAAGUACUUGAUCCACUCAGCCCUCUGGAGAGAACCAUUGAAUAGAUAGUAUAUAAGUUUUAGGUUGUACAUAACUAGACAAGUUCCAGAUUGAACUCAGGUUCCUUUUAUUGCUUUACCUGCAAUGGUGCAUCUUCUUCUAAGGGUACAUAUGCUGCGAAGUUGCAACCUCUAUCUUCAUCUGUAUCGCUUAUGAAAUGUGCAGUAAACUGCGAGAGUGUCUGUGCAUCAGUUCUAUUCACAAGCUGGGCAUUUCCACUUGUAUAUGAUUGGAGCACACACUGAGAAGCAACUUGGUUUGAUGUUAUUCCUUUCAAGCUUUCUAUCACUCCAAGCAGCUGCAUAUAUGUCAAAUGUACUUAUGAGGUCAAUAAUAAUUUAUAAGCUUAAAGCAUUCACGUCUGCUAGUUUCUCUUGGCUUUUCUGUUUCUUCUGCUGCUAUUGUUUCAUUGUGUAUGCAUGCUACUAUACUAGUUAUUAGUGACAGCUAACUACAAUUUUCUUAGCCUUAAGUUCGGAGUAGAUGUGGAAUGGAAUAGUUCAGAUAUGUGUCUGAGUUUUUUUUCCCUUGCAGGAGGAGGAACCAUUGCCCAUUGGACUAUGCUGCAGAGUUUCAGUUUGUGUCCUGCAUUGCUCACCUCAAAGAAUGACACUGCAGACAAAGGUGGAAACAAUAUUACUCCGAUCAGUUAUGGAUGUAUGUACAUACGAGAAAAAAAAAGGGUCAAAAGUACUUGGGCACUUGGCAACAAAAUGGAGUGGUCAUGAAUUAUCUAUUUCAUUGAGGAAAGAUUCUCUUGUACUGAUAAGUAUAUUUUACCUUGCGCUGACGAACUGAUAAUGACAAGUGAAUGGGUUCGGAUGUGAAAAGUUCAGAAAUGUUAUUGCUAAGUUUAUUUGGAAGUUUGUAUAACUUACUACA